GAUGUUAAUGCAAGUAAAUAAAUACUGAUGUUUUAAAUAAUGUGGCUACCAAAGUCUACAAUUACAUUUUCAUGAAUUUUGUUUGCAAUCCAACCUCACUGUAGUCUGGGAGAUGCUGCAGGGAAUGCUUCCUUUUGUUUGGGUUAGAAAGGCAUCUGGUGAUUUUGUCCUGUUUGAUGGUCACGCCAUUGAUUUAACUUUCACACAUGCCGCUACAUUUAGGAACAUUUCCGUCUUGUGCCUUUCACACAUGCCAUGGCAAUGCCAGAAUAGAAGGGGCAAGGGACAGUCACUUAUGGAUGCCAACCGCUGUGCGCGGACUGAGAGGAGCUCUCUUUUUCUGAAUCUGUCCAGUUUCCGGCCAUUCUUGAAAAAAGGAGCUUGUUUGCAAACAAAAGAAGUUGUGUUCCUUGUUAGUCAUCAGUUCACCCACGAAAGCUUUGGCAAGCCAAACAUAAAAAGUCACGGAUUCAAAUACUUCAUCAGCGGAGAAUCAGCGGUGCACUCACUCCUCGUGAAAGCGUCUUUCGUCAGAUGGACGUAACCCUUUACGUGCUUGUCCCUGGAGUGUUACUGCUUUCAUUCACACAGCCGUACUGGCAUUUCCCCUGAAAUGUUACCAGGUCUUGAGACUGUUCCUGUAGACAGUGAUCUACUGCGCAUGCAUGAAACGUGUCCUCCAAGCAGACUCCAGAAGUGUUCAGUGAGGGAGCAGCACACCAGUGACAUCAAGAGGACCGUUAACGAAAGCAGGGGCACCAGCACGAUGGAAUGUGCUGUGGACAUUCCCUCAGGUGAGGAUGAGGCACCUGAAAAAGAUGACAUGAAUGCCAAGGAAGGGAAUGAGCCACCCCAUAAGAAAAACAAGAAGCACAGAAAACACAAGAGCAAGAAGAAGAGGAGGAGGAGGAAGGGUGAAAAAGACAGCAGCUCAGAAUCUGGCGCUGAGUCGGAUGUAGAGCCUCCACCGAAACCUGUCCGGACCACCAGAGCCAGUGCCAGAUUGGCAGCAGCUGCAAAAGCUGGAGACCAUACUGGGCUCACGGAGGAGGGUAAAAAGGAUGUAAUCACAGAUCGUGCAGACACGGAGGGAGAUUCAAAAUCCAAAAAACACAAAAGACACGCUGCCAAGAAGAAGAAAAAGAAGAGGAAGAAAGACGAAAAGCAGGAAAAGAAAUCUCCAUCUCACUCCCCAUCAGAAAGCAGCUCAGCUUCAGGUUCUGAGUCUGAAGGGGAAGGAGGUAAAGGUACUGGUGAUGGCAAAUACUCUCCAGCUGCAGCACCUGACCUGCAAGAACCAGUAUCCAAACUGGUGCCAAAAAGUAAACGAGGGGAUGAGAAGGGGGUUCCCAGCCUCACACAGAAUCCUGAAUUGCUUGGAGUGAAGAAAGAGGACAUAUCAGAUAUGGAUGUGUCCCCAACUGGAGGAAAGGGCAGUAACACCAAUGGAUCAGAAAAAGAUAUGAGGUUGUCCUUGGCAGGCCAGGAUGAGAGAACACAGACAGCAACAGUUAAGGUUAAGACGGAGGGUGUUCAUGGAGAUGGUACAUUCAGCCAUGCCCAGGAUCUCCCUGACAUUAUCCCUAAACAGGAAGGUACUACCCCAAGAGAUGAUCCAAUCCUGAAAGAUCAGGCCAAUUCAAUUCAACGGGCAAAGGUCAAAGAACGUGAUUCAUCCAGGUCAAGGUCUCCUUCCCCUUCCAGGGGCCUAGACAUUAAGAGGUCGGGGUCAAGUCAGAGUCGGUCACCAUCACCGAGUCCCAGUAGGCAAUCAGAACGGUCUGGAACUCACUCCAGAUCAACCUCAAAGGGAAAGCGAUCUACAACUCCUCUUAGAGGAGUUGUAGCUGAUUUUUUAGAGGCUUUAAAAAGUCGGCUGUCCCGCUCUGUGUCUCGCUCUCAGUCCCCUAAAUCUAGGAGGAAGUCGCGCUCCCUGUCCCCCAAAUCUCCCAAGAGAGCUAGUUCCAGGUCCACUUCUCGCUCCCUCACCCCCAAGAAGAAGGUGUUAAAGUCUCCAAGGAAGUCCAAGUCUCCUAAACGUCGAAGAAGCUCCUUGUCUGUGUCCCCAAAGCGACGGAAGAGUUCCCGCUCUCCUAAAAGAAAGCUUUCAAGAUCACCUAAACGUGGUGGGCGCAGAUCCCCCUCUCUUUCUCGGUCUCCAAGGAGAAGUCGAAGGUCAGAGUCACGUUCCCGUGGAGGCACAAGGCGUUCCAGGACCCGCUCACCUAGACGUGGUGGUGCAAUUGGCAGGCGUUCGCGAUCACGAUCUGUCACAAGAACCCGUCGCUCCAGCUCUAGAUCCAGGCGCCCUCUUCGGCGCUCCCGGUCCCGGUCACCAGCAAGGCGUACAGGAGGCAGGCGCUCCAGGAGUCGAUCUCUGUCUCGACGUAGGAGGUCGCCACCCCCCAGAUCCCGCCGCUCACGCUCUCGGUCAAUCCGCAGGAGCAGGCGCACUAGAUCACGGUCUAUUGUAAUCCUUAAGCGUAACCGUCGCUCCAGAUCCAGGAGUCCCCGUAAACGGACAAAAUCGAGAACUCCUCCCUCUCGCCGGCGGUCCAAAUCCAGGUCUCCAGUCAGAAGGCGUUCUCUGUCCCCUGCCAGGAGAAACCGGUCUCCACCAAGGUCUGGAAAACGCUCCAAAUCCCGCUCGUUGUCUCGAAGGCACCGAUCAAAGUCACACUCACCACUACCUGGAAAAAGGAGGUCCAGAUCUCCCAGGAAGAGCAGCAGAAGGUCUAAGUCUAAAUCUGUCUCUGCUGGCUUGAACAAAUCUAAGUCCAGGUCCAGGUCUGAGUCAAGUGAGGGCCAGUCUGAUAGCUCCUCCCCAGCCAGAUCCACAUCAUCCUCCCCUCUCAAGGAGAAGAAGUCCUCCUCUCCUAAGGCAGAGCAGACAGCUGGUACAAAGGCAGCUGGAAAAAGUGGAGCAGUUUCAGUUAUGGCAGGUGCAUGGAAACCUGUGCCCUCAGCAGCUGCCUCCAGCCCCCAAGCUGGGAAUUCCUCAGAUAAGUUGCAGGAGCAGCCUCAGACCCUUUCUCCCAACCAUGACGAGGAGCAGAGGGAGCGUGCCAGCUCAUCCAAUGAACGAGAUGUUUCCAGGUCUAGGUCUGGUUCCAGAGAUCCUGGCACUGGUCCAGAUGGGUCAGAUUGUUCGGAAGGCUCCGAUGAAGAAGAGGAUUCUUCAUCCCCAGUUAAAACAACAUCUAAACGCCAGAGAAGCUCCUCAGGUUCAGCAUCUCCAGGAAUGCACAAAAAGCAGCUGUCAAAGUCACGUUCACCUACAGAACGCCGGAAAGCUUCACGCCCAACAUCAUCGCCUCGACGAUCAACAUCCAAGUCCAUAUCCAGAAGGAAGCAAUCCAGGUCCAAGUCUCCAGUGAGGAAGAGAGAAUCUGUUUCUCCAUCUGAGAGGAAAAAACGGCGGUCAAAAUCUCGGAGUCCUGCCCGGCGGCGAAAGUCUAGUACCUCCCGCUCUACUACACGGCGUAAGCGGUCACACUCCAAGUCGAGAUCCAGGAUACGCCGAUCCAAGUCCCGCUCUCCAGCCCGCAAGAGACGAUCCCGUUCCCCCAACGCCCGAGGGAGGAGGAGGUCCAAGUCCACCGACAGAAAUAAGCGAUCCAAGAGUCGCUCCACAGGCCGGAGGAAAAGGUCCAGGUCAGGAGACAGAAGCAGGCGAUCUCGGUCUCGUUCCUCUGAUCGUAGGCGCAGGUCUAGGUCGAGGGGUCGAGGGAGGCGCCCAGUGUUUCGUAGUCGUUCAUUCGACAGACGGGACAGGUGGAAGCGGGAACCUAGCCAUUCUCCAGUUCUCAUUCUCCGCAAACAGCGCCGCUCAGGGUCCCGGACACGACGCAGCACCAGCAAGACUCCUCCACGGCUCACUGAGCUGGACAAGGACCAGUUACUGGAGAUAGCCAAGGCUAAUGCUGCUGCCAUGUGUGCUAAAGCGGGGGUGCCCAUUCCCGAGAGUCUUCGGCCAAAAGCCAUCCUCCAGCUCCCUCUACCCACUCCAUCUCCUGCCCCCCUCUCCCUUCCUCUACCUUUACCUCUCCCAAUGGGCAUGGGGAUGCCCAACAUGCCGAAUAUGCCCAACAUGGGUCCAAUGGGGUUACCUACAAUUCCAGGAAUGCCCAGCAUGUCAAACAUCACCAUGAGUGCCGCUAUGGCGAGUAUGACAGCAGCUACAAUGACAGCUGCCUUGACCAACAUGGGUGCCCUGGCGGCCAUGCCACCCCUGGCUCCACUUCCUACCAUCACUAACAAGCCUCCCCCAUGCCUCGCCCCCCCAACUCCAACCCUUAACCUGGACCACAUUGAGGAAGCAAAGAGGAAGGUCACUCAGCAAGCUAACAUACAUACCAUCAAGGAGCUUACUGAGAAAUGUAAGAUGAUUGCAAAUAGCAAGGAGGAGAUGGCCAUUGCUAAACCCCAUGUAUCAGAUGAUGAAAGCUAAAACCGCCAAGCCCUCACGCCACUCCCCUCAAAGGACUGAAGGAAAAUGUAAAAAAAGAACGCUUUACAGGAGGACCUACCUUCCUGCAGUUCCCUUUGGAAGCCAGAUGACGUGACUGAGCCUCAAAAACCAAGAAGAAGAGAACCCAAGUUUUCACAGUUACAGUAUAGGAGCACCGGCACCAGCCACUGCCCCACUCAUCUCCCCAGUUUGCUUCUGUUUGUGUGUGAGAGAGAGUGAGAGACUGGCAGACGGUCACCUGUGAAACCACUGAGAAAACUGGACACACUGACUUGUGUGUACAGUCGUAUGACUGUAAAGUGACUCCGAGUAUGUGUGCGCAUUGUGUGUUUGUGUGUGUAUAUAGUGACUUUCACCAUCAACCCCUCAGUGUUGCUGCUCGUUCAAGCAGUCACUGUUGUAAAGACUGACGAGGAAAAAAAACAACCUAGUGGCGCAAGUGUUUUUGUAAAAGAUUAGUUUCUCUAAAUUUGUUUUACUUUUAUGGUUUCUUAAAUAAUUGUGUUAAUUGGACACUGCUUCCUUGUUCUGCUGUAUUCCCUCAGUUAUCUCUAGUCCCUCUGUUUUUUAAUCAAAUAAUGCAGACUAAGUUUCGGUCGAUCCUCACAUGUGAUUUGCUUUCAAAAGCCUGGGUAAAGGCAGGGCAAAAGAGACGACGUGUUGUGAAUCCUGGAACAUGGUGCCAGAUCUGAUUAUCUUGAAGGAAGGGAAUAACUGAAUAUGUUGGCUGCAAAG